AUGAAAAUAGCAAAAGAAAAUUCAUCAUCAUCGUUGGGAACACAUCAAUUUUACUCAAAUAACGCACAACUACUCACGUCGCCACGAUAUUUUUCUUCCUGCUCGUCGUCUUCAACAUCUUGUUCUCCUCCGACUACGUCAAAUCAAGCAUUUUCUUCUGAAACAAUUUCCUUCUCCUGUAGUCAACAACAAAAACAACAAACUUAUUGCAAUAAUCAACAAGACUAUACUCAUCUAGGUUCUGACAAAUACUAUGAUGAAGAACAGUCACCAUUAUUAUUACCCCAUGCCAAUGUAUCAGCCACGUGCGAUAACUUUCUAACAUCUCAUAUCAGUUACGAUUUUCAUGAUCGUCCAACUUACUUUUCAUUAGAUCAUUCAAUUAUUCAUACAGAAAAAGAAUCAUUUUAUUCCUUACAACCACAAGAAGUUGAAUAUGAUUACGCCUAUUUAUCAUCAACCGUCGUACCGCAUGUUCCAUCAACAGUACCUUGUUCUCCGCCACCCGAUUCAUUAGAAACACCGAUUUAUACUGAACUUGGCCAACAUAACUCAUCAUCACAUGAAAAAUAUAUUCUAUACAGUAAUUAUCCCCAGGAAAUAUUUUAUCAACAAUUACCAACCGUUGAAUUAACAAGUUCAAAAGUUGAACAAUCAGUGAAAAAAUUAACAAAAAAAAUGACAACGCCUACGAUAUUAACACCACCCGCAUUGCCUAAGAAAAACGUCUAUGCUCGUCUCGAUUGUCCACAAUUUGGCACCUAUGACAUAUGUCAAGAAAAAACAGUUAUCGGAAGACAAAAUAAUCGCCGGCAAAUUGAUAUAAAUAUGGGUACGUCAUCGGUGGUAUCACGAGUACAUUUCGAAAUAUGCCUUCUUGAUAAUGAAUUUCAACUAAAAUGUAUAAGUAAAAAUGGUAUAUUUAUUAAUACAAAUUAUACAAAAAUGGGAGCUACCUCAGUUCUACCGAAACAAUGUAGUUUACGUUUUCCAAGUACGACAAUUUGCAUUUCAUUUUCAUCGUUCUUAAACAAUCGUCCAGAUAUCUCUCGACAUGGAUCAACAGACAUUCAACGAUUACCAAAUCCAUCAACGUCCACGACAAACACUUUACAGUCCACAAUUUCAAUAUUACAGCAAAAAACACCCCCACCCCCGCCACCUCUACUAACCCAGUCAAUUCUUCAAACAAUCUCCACCCUACCACAGUUACAACAGACAAUAAAUAAUCAACGUAACGGCCAAAAUUUUAUUAAAAAUAAUCACAUGAAUGGUAGUACAACGCCGCUUGCAAUCAACGUUUCCUCUGCUAGCGAAAUGAACGGUUUGAAACUACCGGGUAUCGAAGUAUUUCAUAGUCCCCCGCAUCCUAUAUCUCCCGUAAAUCGUCUUAGUUCGGUUAACUCAUGUUCAGUGAGUCCGGCAAGCAACAUGUACAAUGAUCAUAAUGACAAUUUUACUUUAGGGCGAAUGUUUAGUUCGGAUAUGCUGACACCGGACACGCCAACAAUUCAUCGUUUAUCACUAAGUGAUUAUCCUGCUGAUUCGGACAAGAACUCUUCCGCAAAACCACCAUUUUCUUACGCACAAUUAAUCGUACAAGCCAUAGCUUCUGCAGAAGACCGACAAAUGACAUUGAGUCAAAUAUAUACGUAUAUAUCAGCGAAAUAUCCAUAUUACGAGUCAAAUAAUCGUGGUUGGCAGAACUCUAUUCGACAUAAUCUAUCAUUAAAUCGUUAUUUUAUACGUAUGGCACGCAAACAAGAUGAUCCGGGUAAAGGUUCAUUUUGGCGUCUAGAUCCCACGUGCGAAGACAAAUUAAUUGAGCAAGCGUUUCGUCAUCGAAAACAACGUGGACUCAGUGGCGGAAGAAGCUUUGGUGAUAGCACCUGUUCUGAUCCACAAUCUCCAACACCUUUUGAUCAAUCUGAUUACCUCUUGUCUGAUACAAAUAAUAAUAUGACAACAAGUCGUCCAACAACGCCGUUUUCUCCAUUCGAUGGUAUUUCACCUCCUCGAGACAAAAAUAAUAGCAA